AUGCAGUCUGACAUGCAGGUGUUCGUGCGGUGGAAAGAACAAACGAUCUUCGCUGGAGAGGAUGUUGAAUGCAUUAUAACUUUCAAGAAUGUCACUCUUAAUGACUCGAGUACGGAUGACAGCGCAUCUCAGAAGCACAUCAGACGAGGAUCACGCCCCAUGAAUGGAGUUGUCAGCGGAGGAAACUACUCGCCCGCGAAAUCCUUGAAUCCAUUUUCCUUCAAUAAUCGCCGUUCGCUCGCCACUAGCCCUAGAAAUCGUCAACAGGGUUCCGACAAGGCUCAUCGAACAGCUGCUUCUUUAAGUUCCCCGCUUGCCCUAAGCAGCAGUUUCCCAUCCACAACUACUCUUCCAAAGAAUAAUGCCGCUCAGUUUCCGGGUCACAGACACAAGAGAUCGCUUUCCAUCAUCUCCCUCGAACCAGAAAAACAAGGGUCAGCAAGCUUUCAGGUAUUUUCAAAGAGGAAUGAGUUUUAUGGAGCCAACUCUCAUCCUGUAUCUCGUCCCUCAAGCCACCGUUUUCCAUCCAACGACUCGUCACCAAAUUUGUCAUUACCCAACCAGAGAUAUGGUUCAGACCGUCUGCGACUACCUACUCGCUCUCAAUCAGAAAUUUCAAGACCUAUUCAGCGGGAACAAGGACGACGACCUGCUCCCCUCCCACCUGAUUUUAAAUUUCCGCAAGCUGCCCCCACUCCCAGUGAUACCCAGCCCAGAACAAAUGGUUCUCCUGCCUCUACAGUUCCGUCCACCGUAAAUACGAAAGAUGUUCUGAUCCUAGAGCCACCCACUCGUUUAGCCCCUUCUACAAAGCUGCUCUCCAACUCUAGCCUAAAUGGCAGCACCCGAAGCAGCGGAGAGUACUAUUCUAUGAGCAAUAACUCAACUGAGACACUCGAGUCAGAAUAUGCAUCAUACGCUUCUAACAAAUCCUCACACCUGAUCCGACAUAGACGGCAUUGUUCCAACAUGGAAGCGGUUGGGAAGAAUAAUAAAACAUAUUCUCAUACACUACUCAUGGGCUACGCGCAGGUUAGCGCCUCAUUCACCGUUGACGGGUCCUUGAUCAACCAGUCACUAUUCGAGGACGUAAAACGCAAGGGUGUUGUAGGAAAUCAAGGUCGCACCGAUGCUUCCCAGAAAGCUGAAAAAGCUCGUAAUGGGUUUUGGGGGUCGCUUGGGGGAUGGAAUAACUUGAGUGACUCAUUAUCUACAUUACUUUCCAAUAACGAGCUGGAUGGGCUCAGAGAUAUGAGGGGCGUUGCCUCUUCACAGUCCAUCCCAUUGCUCUCCACGCCGCAGUCUCUCUUGUUUGUAGAUUUACGGUUGGGCCCCGGAGAGGAAAAGUCUUUCUCCUUUUCGUUUACUUUACCCAAGGGUUUGCCGGCCAGCCAUAAGGGAAACGCAAUCAAAAUUUCUUAUCAUUUGGUCAUUGGCACCCAGAGAGCAAUAAAUCCGAAGGAGCCACAGAAAGUCCAUCGGAUAAACGUUCCGUUUCGGGUCCUCAGCGGUGUAGAUGCACAAGGAACCGUGCUCAGUCACGACCUAAUGAGACCGUACGUGCUACUUCGCGAUGAAGCUCGUGUACAAAAGGUCGAAAGCACACCCCUACGACCGACCAAGGAAAAGAGUAUUAGUGCGAAAUCGUGGACAUCAUCAUCGGACUUUCUCUCCUAUGUCGAUGAGAUUUUGGAUCACCCUGUACGGCGGGAAUCCUUUAGUUCAUUGGCGUCCCCAAUGGAUACCCGUUUGAGCAUUCUUUCUGCUACAGGGCAAUUCUCAUGCAAGGACGCAAUCGAGUUAGCCAUUUUACGAAGCAAUCAAUCAACGAAUUCUAAUCGAAGCGCCAAUAGGUUUGAGAUAACUCGCAAUGGACGACGCAUUGCAGUGAUAAUACUGAACCGACCAGCUCAUCGGUUGGGAGAGACGGUGAUUGCGACGAUAGACUUCUCAGGUUCCGCAUUGCCUUGCUAUUCCUUACGCGGGUCACUUGAAACGACCGAGAAGGUCAGUCCAACGAUUGCCCUCCGUUCUAGCGCAAGUAUUACACGAGCAACCCGAAAAAUCCAUGCUAGUUGCUUUGAAAACACAUUAUUCGCCACCAAGGUGGUUUUUACGCCAUCGAUUCCUGUUUCUGCUACACCUACCAUUAUCACAUCGGGGGUGAAUCUUGAAUGGGAGCUUCGUUUCGAAUUCGUAACAUCUAAUAUUCCAGACGAUGAUGAUGAUGAGGUUGGGGUAUCUGGAAUCAACUUGUUGGAAAAUGUUGAGCAGGAUGAUAGGGGUACAGUCUUGGCGUCGUUGGAGAGUCUAUCCUGUGAAUCGUUUGAAGUUAUGAUUCCACUGACUGUGUACGGAGGUAAUAUUCGGGAGCCAGUCGGAGAGGAGCUGCAAGGAGGUCCGAUAUAG